AUGGCGGAGCAUCAUCUGGAGUACGGCUACCUGGAGGAGGGCGAGUCCAUCGAGGAGCACUACACCGAGGACCCGGAGCUGGCGGCCAUCAAGGCCAGGGUUCAGGAGAUGGAGAUGGAGGAAGAGACAGAGCGAAUGAAGGAGGAGGAGAGGUGUGACGCCCCGGACAUGCAGCUACUGACCAGCAGCCCUCGGCCUGGACCGUUCUACAACAUGACUCCUGAGGAGAGGAUAGACGCUGACAACAGAUCAGUCUAUGUAGGAAAUGUAGACUAUGGAGCUACUGCGGAUGAGUUAGAGAUCCAUUUUAACGGCUGUGGGCCUGUGAACCGAGUGACCAUCCUGUGUGACCGCUUCUCCGGCCACCCCAAGGGCUUUGCCUACAUUGAGUUCACUGAGCAAGACUCUGUGCAGAGUGCCAUUGGUUUGCAUGAGACCUUGUUCAGAGGAAGAGUCCUUAAGGUGAUGCCUAAAAGGACCAACAUGCCAGGCAUCAGCACCACAGACAGGGGAGGACACAGAGGAGGUCACACCAGAGGACGAGGAAGAGGCUUCCGUCCCCCCAGAUAUCACAACAGCUCACGAGGCAGGUUCCGGUACCAGUCCACCAGGCCACCACAUCAAACGCCCCACCCCUAUUACGGAGGCCCUUCAGUGGGGAAGAGACAGUGGGGACACAUGGACUACCACGAACAGAUGCCUAAACGUUACCCAUGUCUUCUACUUAUCACUCCACCAUCUGAGGAGUUAGGGGAGGGGUCGAGUGGACAACACUACCCCCAGCAGCGCUAA